GGAUUCGAGUGCCGCUGACUCAGAGGGGGGGAAAAAAUCCCCUUCUCUCCGCGGUGUUGAUAGGCUGAUUUCUUGUUGACAUUCUGUCACUCCGCACGUCAAACGGCUCGAUCGGCUUUGCUAGCGCAGCAAAAGCGUCGCUGCGGAACCCAACCAGGAAGUCAACAAAAGUUCCAAUUUUAACAACAGCGUUGACCCUGAUAUCCACCCGCAGACGGUCGAAACAACGUGAUGACUUCCGCCGCCCCUCCGACGAUUGGGGAGUUAUUCCUCAUCCUCGGUGAGAUGGGCUUCUCGGAGGAGCAGAUCCAGGCGGCUGUGCUGGCGGGGCAUUUCUCUGUGUCGGACGCUGCGGAUUGGCUCUUGCAGGGUCAGUAUCCACGGCACAAGUUGGUCAAACGGUCCACGCAGCCGGCUGAGACCGCAAUUUCUGCUUUCAACCUACCCAAGGAGGCGGCGAGCACUUCAGAGACGCAUCCAUCUCCUUCUGACAGCAGAGCGUCCCCUUCGUUGUUGCUGAGACCAUCCCAGUCAGGCAACCUGUCCCCGGACCCACUGCCGGUUGAGUCCCGCAUCAAACCGGACAAGAGUGACUUCGAAGAGCAGCAGAGGCACCGCGUUGCACAGGAGGCUCGAGCAGAGCGACGUCAAAAGAAACAGGAACGCGAGUCUGUGCUGAAGCGGAUAGCCGAGGAUCGCAGGAGUUUGCACCAGAAGAAGCAGACCAGCGCUGCCACAGAGACGUCUGCCCCCAGUGGGGCAGAAGGGCAGAAGCUUGGAGGACCGAUUCAGACCAACGUGGACAACAACUGCGUCCUCAUGAUUCGUCUCCCGUCCGGCGAGUCCAUGCGCGAGCGCUUCCCGGCCGACGCCCCCCUGCGCAGCGUGGUGGAGCACAUCGCCGGGCGCCACCCGUCCCUGCCCUCCUUCUCCCUCCUGCAGGGUUUCCCGCGGAAGCGCUUUGGGGAGGCGGAGCUGGCUUGUUCGCUGCACUCCCUCGGCCUCACUCCCAACGCCGCGCUGUGUAUUCAGACCACGCCUCCCGAGACGCCGCAGGAUCCAGCGAUUCCCGCGGCGCCGCCGUCAGCGGAACACAGUGAGCCCUCCCCUUGCGAUGUGUGUCCUCAGCCGCAUGUCCCGGUCCAGGAGGGGACGGGAGGGGGGGGACUUGUUCUCCCUCCUCCGCUACCCAACCAGGUGUGGGAGGAGGCGGUGAAUUACGCCGGGAUUCCCGGAGUCGGUCCUUCUCUGACUGGGCCCUCUCACUUUUGGGGCCGAGGCAACAGGAUGGUUCCUGGUGAGGAAGCUGCGGGCAUAGAAGUCGAUGAGGAGCAAGGAGAAGAGGAAGACCCACAAGAGGCAGAUCCACCUUACAUGCUGAACGGAAUGCCGCGGCUGCCUUUCUUUCCGGAGAAUAGGAUUCGCGUAGAAUUUGACGCCAGGCACCACUGGCCCGAGCAAGGCAACCGACUCAGGGAGGCCGCAGAGGAGCUCGCAGCGGAGCCCGAGGACGCCGAAGGCCCGGAGGCUCCUGGAGCGGCGGGUCUGGCUGCCGUGGAGCGUCUUCAAAGAGCUGCCUCCCAGGGACAACCCUCGCCCCCUAAAAAACCCUUCAGGGCGCCCAGCGUGCCGUCCCUGUGCGCCUUGGCGACCCGCGCCACUGUCCACCUCAUGACGGCUCCCAGCAUGCAGUACAGCAGCAGCCUGGCGUGCCUCACCCCGGAGCUGGCGGAGCUUCUGCUCAACCACAUGUCCCGGGAGAGGCUCAUGCGUCCACGCACCCUGGAGCUCUUCUUCGGGUGCCCUCUGCAGAAGUUUGUCCUCAACUGCUACCCUUACUCCACCAACGAGCUCCUGCGGCAGCUGAGGGCCUUCACGGCCCUGAAGCACCUGAGCCUGGUCAGCUCGCCGCUCAUCACUGACUCCGGGCUGUCGAUCGUCUCCAGCCUGGUCAAACUCCAGCACCUCAACCUGGCCUCCUGUAGCAAGCUGACCGACUCCUGUCUGCAGCACAUGACGGGUUUAAAGAGCCUGUGUUUCCUCUCCCUGGACCAGACCAAAGUGACGGAUGCCGGGAUGGUGUUAUACCUCCGGUCUGCUCCGUCCUGUCUCUCUCAGCUCAGCCUCAACCAAACGGCCGUGACCGAAGCCACGCUGGCGGCGCUGCCCGCCUGCGUGCCGCAGCUGAGGCUCCUCAGCAUCAAGCAGACGAAGGUCGCCGACGUGGCGGCGCUGGCAGAGCUGUCCAGCCUGCAGACGCUCAACCUGGACGGGACCGGCGUGACGGAAAGCUCGCUGGAGCACCUGGCCACCCACCCGGCCCUGUCGUCCCUCAGCGUGGCGGGAAUCCCCGUAGCGGACGGUGAUCGCGCCCUGCAGAUCAUCUCGGGCCUAAAGUUGACUCAGCUGACCCUCCCGGGACGCCACUCGGUGACAGACGGCGGGUUGCUGUUCCUCUCCAGGCUCUCUGUGCUCUUGGAGCUGGACCUGACGGACUACACGCAGGUCACGGACCAGGGAGUCCGCCAUCUCUCCGCCAUGAGCAGGCUGAGGAAGCUGUCGCUCAGCAACACACAGGUGACGGACGCGGGGCUCCCCGCGCUGCGCGGCCUGCAGGAGCUGCAGGAGCUCUGCCUGGACCGAACGGCGGUGACCAGCCGAGGAGUGGCCGAGCUCGUCACCUGUCUGCCGCACCUCCAGGUAUUGGGGUUAGCCAGCACUCGGGUGGGGGACACAGUAGUGAGGAGAGCUCUGAUCCGCUGCAAUCAACUGGUGAAGCUUAAUCUCAGCCGCACGCGGAUCACAGACCACGGUCUGAAAUUCUUGAAAAACAUCCAUCUGGCUCAGGUGAACCUGGACGGCACCGGCGUGAGUCUGAUGGGUAUCGCGAGCCUCCUCACCUUCACCAACAUCAGCAGCAUCCGGGCCAGCAACACUCGCAGCAUUCCCCCGGACGAGGCCUCCGACGAGGAGUGGGAAGCCCAGUGAGCAUCGGCAGCGCACCCGAGCACCCUCUCCUCCACCCACCCCCACCCCUGCCUCCCUCCCAGCAAAACUGAAACACUCAUAUUUGCACUGUGUAUACCGCAGCCAGCCGCUCACCUGUCCCUUCCACAGCGCUACCAAGCAGAGUCUGGUGUUUUAAAAAACGUCGACUUCUAAAGAACCUGCAGCCUCGCAGGUCGGAUCUGUGCGGUUCCCCUCUUCGGAGCUUUUUCAGCCGACUGGCAAACGGCAUAUUAAAUGUAGGAAAUGUAACAUAACACAGCAUGUAAGACUACCAGCCUGAUAUGUUUAAAUUAAAACCUCAGUAAUAAAUUUCCAAUUCAACUAAAUCUUUUUUUGGAGGGUGUGAGGGGAGGCGACGUGUCUAGGUGUUGAAACUUUAGCUGUAACUGCGUUGUUAAAUGUAUUAAAAAUGGGAUGUUUAAUAGAAUUAGGUCUAUUUAUUGUUGUAAAUAAUUGUACAAUAUGUCAAGCAAACAGUUCAGACUUCAAAGAUGAUCAAAUAGUAUUUUCGAUAGUUGUUGCCAGAGUGACUUUGCUCAGUUUCUCCUUAUUUUAUUAAUACAUUUUACCAACCAACCUGCUUAAUUUUUUUGUUUCUGGUUUAAGCAAGACAUUUUUGGGAAGGUGGUUCAUGAAAUCUAGUUUCCUGUUACAUGAGAAGUUGAUCUGAUAGUGCCACGUUUGGAGAAGUUUCUUAUUCUGUGGCAACAUGACAAUGAGAUGAAAAGGGUUUUGUUAAACUGAACAGAUGCAUCCUGUUAGCAGCUUAAGCACUCGCUUCGCUACCUUUCCGGUCUGAUAUAACACUGCUUUACUGUACCAGCUCAUAAUGGAGAGCUCAGAGCUUGUGAUGUCACUUGUAUGCAUGUUAAGUGCAAAUGGAAAGUGAGCUAAACACUAAAGUGCAUUGGAUUCGGUUGAUAUUUCAUGAACUGCUGUUGUAUGUAGAGUAGUUAUGCCACAUUAAACAGAUCCAUUCCCGUGGUCCUGGAGCGUAAGCAGCAGCGGCGGAGUACUUUGGUGGAGGUGAUGGAGGAGCUAUGCAGCCUUGGGGCUCACAAGCCAGAAUCCAAAGCAAUUUCUUUUACCCACUUCAUGUUUGGUCCUCUUGUUUACAGAGAUGUAAAAUAGUUUAUUUUCCCUAAAGGCUUUUGAUUUUUGGAUACGAGCACUGUAUUCAUCAAGUGUAAAAUAAAAUAAUAAAUUCUUCAGAAUUUCAAACUGUU